AUGUCCUGGGUGGGUGAUGGGUUUCAUGAAGAAUUUGGCGCGGGACGAUACGAGACGACGCUGAGCGAGCGAACGGCGACGUGGGGGCGGGAGAGGGUGGGUGAUGACGCCGUGAUCGCGUUGACGUCGUCGGAGACGGGGAGAUUGAUCGAUUGUGAUGGGUCGGAGAUUGAACGCGUCGCGCGUCGGUUGACGGAGGGCGGCGCCGGGACGGCGACGGCGAGAGCGUACGCGGGACAUCAGUUCGGAACGUUCGCGGGUGCGCUCGGGGACGGUAGGGUGGUUAGCUUGGGGUGGGUGAAAUCUUUGGACGGCACGACGAGGGAGGUGCAGGUGAAGGGAGGGGGGAAGACGACGCGCACGCGGGACGGCGGCGACGGGCGAUGCACGCUGCGUUCGACGAUUCGGGAGUUUUUGUGCGCCGAGAUCUUAGCCGCGCUCGACGUGCCGACCACGCGAUUGAUGUGCGUGAUAUCUACGAACGAAGGCGUGGUCCGACGUACGAAGGCGAAUUCGGCGCGUUUGGAGUACGGCGGGAUGUCCGUUCGCGUCUGCGAAGCGCCGUUGGUUCGUUUCGGCACGUUUGAGUUACCGGCGAGCCGGCGCGACUUUGAUUGCGUUCGCGCGUUGGCCGAUCACGUCAUCGCGUCUGAUUUAUUUGUGGGUGAGAUCGAUGAUGUCGAUCGUCACGGCGCGCUCCUGUGCGCCGCGGCGAGACGGAACGCGAUCACCGUCGCUCGAUGGAUGUCAAUCGGUUUCGUGCACGGGGUAAUGAACACGGAUAACACGACCGUGUGCGGGACGACGAUCGAUCUCGGGCGUUUCGGAUUCAUGGAGGCGUACGACGAAGAAUUCUGCUCGAAUCCUGACGACGAGACGAAGAUGUACGCGUUCGGUCGUCAACGAAGCGUCGCGAGAUGGAACGUCGAGCGACUCUGCGACGCAUUUGAGCGCGUCGUCCCGGCGAGCGCUCACCGGAGCGCGCUCUGCGCGUUCGACGACGCGUUCGAGAACGAAACGAAACGGCUGAACGAGCGCAAGUUUGGCGUGCGCGAUGACGACGGAGUCGUCUCGAGCGCGUUUCAUCGAGUCUUGCGCGUCGGCGGUUUCGAUUUCACUCGAGCGCACCGCGCGCUCGGGGAGAUCGCAUCGACGCUCGUCGAGUCGUCGUCGUCGUCGUCCGAACGCGUCGUUCGCAACGUAUUCGCUCGUCUCUUUGACGUCGACGCCGAACAGCUCGAUCGAUCGGUGGAUGAUUUCGCUCGAGCGUACGCGUCGGCGCUCUCGUCGGACGCGCGCGACGCGCGUCGACGCCGAUUGACGCAAGACGCCACCAAUCCCGUCUUCAUCCUCCGCGAACGGGACGUCACUGAGGCGAUCGACGCAGCGCUCGAGGACGAUUGGACGCUCGCGCGAACGCUCGCCCAUCGCUGCGCGACGCCGUUCCGCGACGAAAUUCUCUCAUAA